CCGGCGAGGCGGCGGGUCCCGGUCCCGGGGCGGAGCCGCCAAACUCCUCUCAGGGCUGCCCCUCCGCCGCCGCGGCCAUGGAGAGCUUCGUGGACUUCACCAACCGCAGCCAGGGCCGGGACCAGCUCUUCCGAGCCACUCAGUACACAUGCAUGUUGCUUAGCUAUUUGUUAGAGCAUAAGGCUGAUAAAGAGAAGCUGGUAAUGAAACUCAAGCAGUUGGAAUCUAGCAUGAGCUCUGGCCGUAAAAUGUUCAGACUGGGCAACACGGUACACGCCUUGGUAGCAGCCAGGAGAACUACACAGUUGCCAGAUGUGGUUCCUCGCUUCUGCCUUACUACUUCCAACCUGACGCGUGCCCUGUACUUUGUCUGCGAUGCAGUCUUGUGGUUGAGGAGUGUUGGUCUCCAACCUGACAUCAAUAAGCAGAAGUGGCGGAAUUGGGCUACCAAGUGUUACUACUUUUCACUGCUGAUGAAUCUAGGCAGAGACUGGUAUGAGAUAUCCUGGCGGUUGGAGCAAGCAGUACGGAAAAAAAACACAAAAGAAAAUUCCUCCUGGGACAAAGAAGAUCAGGAACUAAACUGCUUGAAAUGUGAUAGCUUGCCAUCUUUUCUCCCCCUGCUGUUUCAGAUAUUGAAAAGACAUCCUCCUUUGCUGCUGGACACGGUGAAGAAUCUUUGCGAUCUCUCUAGUCCUUUGGAUGCACUAGGAAUCUACAAGACCAAUGCGGGAGUGAUUGGUUUCUGUGGCCUCAUCUCCUCUCUGGUGGGGAUCCUCACAUUAGCAAGCCCACAUCUGAAACUGAAACAGUGACACAAAAGGAGCCACGUAGUGUGCAAUGAGCCAAUAGCUUUGAUUCUCUGUCAGGUUUUAUUCCCAUAUGGCACUUUAAAAAUGAAGAUGUCUCACAGUAACCUCAAGAUGAGGUUUGCCCUCUGAAUAAGUGAAUUCUACCCUUUGUCCUUCCCUGGGUCUGUGGAUGAGUUGGGUGCUAUGACACACUCCCUGAUGGAGUGUAUAUGGGAGAAGACAGAAUAAUAUUUCACAGGCAGAAACAGGCUUUGGUAUGUGGCUGCUAGAAGAACAUAGCUGCUAGAUAAGGAAAUACUAAUGUUCCCAUAUUUUAAUGUAGGUUUGUGAAAUAACAGCAUAGACAACUGUGAUAGGUAUAUGAGUCAUAACUAAUCAUAUUCACACUGGAAAGGCAGAAUUCACCAAUCAAAGGUUCCUACAGUCAAAUUUUUUAGUGUACUCAGGCAAGUUAGGAACUGUGAUUAAAAUGGCUUGAAGAAAGAUGUGAGCACUCUGGUUUGGAUUGAUGGAUCCUGUGAUCUGCAGGCAGUGGUUUGAAUCCAGUGUGAUGGUAACUGAAAGUGAUAUUGUCUAACCUUUCAGUGGUCUCUGUGUAGCAUGCAUUGGUCGUACUGGAUGCAUAGUCUAGUGAGUGCCAAUUUAUGUCUCAGGAAACCAGCACCUUCUUUUCCUUUGACAACGUGAGCCAAGGAUUGUUGGCCACAGACUCUGAAUUCUCCAGCGGACCAUGGGUGAGGGUUUUGGUGAAGGACAGUGUGUGGGAGAAGCUUGUCUCAGUGCUGAUAAUACUGUGUUUUGCAGGGAACUGGGUUUCCAAAGUUGUGAAUCUGGAACCGCUUGCUAGCACUGAAUUUCCCAUUAUACAUGGGAAUUUCCCAUUAUACAUACACAUCUUAGCUCCCAAGCCCCUGUGAUUCCAAGUGCAACUAUUUUCCAUUAAUCAGUGUGAUAAGUAGCCUGUUUUUUUGUUUUAAUUUUACUUGAAAAAUUCCAGUAUAAUAAGGAGCUUUGGAACCCGCAGUUAAGGAGAAAAGGCUGUCUUGGAGCUUGUUGAGUUGGAAGGACUGCAAGGGUGUGUUUCCAGUUGUGUAAGCUCCCGGAGGGAAGGAAAUGGAGCUGAGCUUCAUAAUAUCAGACUCCUCUGUGAGAAGAGAGGCUUAUUAUCUGAAUUUGGGUGUUCAUGUUUCAGAUAUUCCUGCCUGAUCUUCUCUAUCUUCCCCUGUUGUAGCGGCAAGAUUUCUUGUGUGUUUGCUCAUUGUUUGAAUGGGUUCUGCCAUUUGAAAAUGCCUUACAUUUGCCCUGCAACUGCAUUAGUACUCAUCACUUACUUACCUGGGAAAGAUCGCCUGGCAGUGUGGUUUAGGUUAAAGGAGAAGUGCUGUGUCCAGUUGUCUAACAGUUGCAUGACAUGCAGUUCUUGUUUUCCCAGCUUCACAGAGUACCAGUUCCAACAACAUCUGCUCAGCAUGUAGGAGACAAAAUUAUUACUUUUCUUCAUCAGAGCUAGGUCUGUGUGUUCUGGUGCUUUCCAAUGAUAGGACUCCUUGUUUAAUUUGUCAGGAGAUGUGAACAGAGAUUACUCCAACCAAGACCAAGGUACUCUCUUAUUAUAUCUGACUCUGUCUGUAAACAGAAAUUAAAGGGUGCCAGUCUCCUUUAUGAAAAGGAGAAGGCUAUGGAAUUUAGUAGACAUGGUAAUACAGCUCCAGUUUACCUUAAAUCAUUGUGGUCAUGCUUAGAAUUACUUCCACUUUGAAUUUGAAGUGCUAGCCAGCCAAUGAAGUGUUUGAAAAAAGAGCUUGCUGGGCAGGAUAAUUAAGUGUGCUUGAAAACCGAAUGUGGCCUGCAGCAGCUCUUCUUUUUAAUAUGGAAAUGAAUACCAUUAAAAGUAGAGGGUACUGGCUGUUCAGACCAUAAUGGAGCAUUAUGUGAUGGGCUAUGUUAUCUUCAAGGGCUUCCUCUCCUUUUUAACAAUCAAAUUCUUUUCUUUACUCCAUUUGCCUUUGAGCUCCUGGCAGCGUGUGGACCAUCCAUCCCUCCCUUGGUUUGGGUUUGAUCAUUAGUCCAGUGUGCGUAACUGCUGUGAAGGGAGUAAGAGGAGUCUUGAUGAUCUAGCAAUGAAGGUUUGGCCACCCUCUGUCUGCAGAAUUUUUUCUUCUUGCAGGAAACUACAUUAUGAAAUCUUUACGGGGAGCUCUCGCAUACAAAAUGUAUCUUUCAUUGGUUUGCCAGCUGACUUCUCUUUUUCCCUUGUAGCUUGUAGAUAAAGGAAAUUGAUUAAAAUACUGAUGUGGCCCCUAGCUAGAUACUCCUCCCUGUGCCCUGUGGAGGGAGAAGUGUGCUGUUUUUCCCUUGUGUUGGGCAAACACGGUGCAAAGCCAUGAGGCAGCCUUUGAUGUUUCUUCUGUAGAGACUGGGGUGGAUUAGCAAUUACAGACUUAACUUUGGAGAUGGGGCAGUAAAUUUUCAGCCUCUCUCAGCCUUGCCUCUCCCAUUCUACAUUACACAGGUUGGAACAUACAAGCGUAGCUCUUUUUACUGGGUGUUAGGCACCGAUACUUGCCUUUCUGCUCCCCAGCUGUUAUGUGACUGAAGCCAUAGAAUCACAAUCAAAUGGAGAGAAUCCUUUUAGUGCCUUUUCUUUAUAUCUCCUUCUAAUAUAACAGUUGAAAUAGCAAUGGCUGUUUGAGUACAAGCAAUAAACUUAGACAAGUAUG